CAAGGGGGCGAGAGCAACCGGAGGGACGCGCUGGAGGCUGGGUAUAGCCCUGUCAGGACAGCGUUGGGAGGGGAGGCCGAGGCGGAGGCCUGAGGGUUCCUUGGAUGAUGGCACACUGAGAAACUUCCUCUGAGCCCAGACCCCCAUGGCAUCCCAAGACAAAGAUGUGGAGCCCUCACUGCCCUCUCCACGGGCCUCCCAGAUGGGACCCUGGGAGGCCAUUCUGGAGGCUGUCAGGGAGCAGCUUCCGUCUCUGGACUCGGAUUCCUCUUUGUCAGACUGCGGAGAAGAGGAGCUGUUCAUCUACCAGCGAAAUCAAACCACCUUGAUUCCAGACUUGUCAGAGGAGCUGGCUGAAGACCCUGAUGGGGCCUGGGUUGCUCCGGCCAACAGGUCUCCUCCUGAGGUCAGUGGAAUGCAGGCUCCAGGGAACCGGCUGGCAGAACAGGGUGUGGGACCACUUGUGGCACCUGUGGAGUUCUCAGCAGAGCCCUGGGGUGAAUGGAAUGUAAGGAUGAAGGAAGGGAAGGACCCUGGCCAGCCCUUGGAGAGCGGUGGUGAGAGCAGCUCUCUUAGGAUGCCUGAGGAGACCCCCACAUGGCAGGAAGGUGACCUUGGGGAAGGUGACCUUCUCCCAGGAGAAGACCUGAGGAUGGACCCAAAUGCUGUCCCCAGUGUUCAGAAGGGCUCAGACUCUGCAAACCGGAGAGCCCUCCGAAAAGAGAGAAGGAAGAUGAUCGAGAGAGACCUACUUCAUAAAGUCACCUGGGGUGCCAGGGACCCCGCCUGCAGUGACCACAGUCAAGUGAAGGAGACACCCUGUGAAUCUGCAUCCACAGGUCCGAGACCAGGGACGCCACCACAGGGGCCCCGGGAAGGCCUGCCAGUGCUCUCCCUCCAGCAACUUGAAGAGUGGGAUUUGGAUCACAUCCUUCAGAGUCUAGCUGGACAAGAAGACGACCGGGGAGAUGGAGCACCUAGAGGAGUGUGGUGGGCAGCUGAUCACCUCCAGGGCCCAGGUCAUGCCGAGCCCAGUGCCCAGGACAGGCUCAUGGAACAGCUCACUCUCCUGUGUGCCACGCAAUUCAGAGCCUCUUCCUCUGCCUGGAAGAUGCCUGCUGACAUGCCCCCGGACAAUGAGCAGCUGGAGGUCAGAAGCAGAUGUGCUUUGACGGAGCUGGGCUUCCAGGCCGAGCUGAGUCAGCGUCGGCUAAGGAACCCAGCGGAGCCUCCCACCACCUUCAUCGACCUGAGGCCCACAGAGCCAUCAAACCAGGGGUCAUUGGAAAGCCCCAGCUCCGGCUCCAGCUCCAGCACCAGCUCCUCUGACAGUGAGGAGGCAGGGGAAGAGGAGACAGCUGCUCGGAGAGACUGGCAAGGCCCAGCGGGGCUACGGGACUGUACUGGGAAAAGUCAGCUUCUCCAGCAGCUCAGGGCUUUUCGGAAGGGGAUGGCUCAGCCCCAGUGGCCUGCCAACAAGGUUCCUAGCAGCCAGAAGGCUCCUGAAGAUACAGCUGGAUCUGGGACUGGGAGGAAGCAACAUGUAACACUCUGACAGGUGCUUUUGCAGUGCAGGGCCUCUCAGACUGGAUCCGUCAUCUAGCCCUCUGUUAGAAUUUGGUCAGAAUAUUUUUAUGCAUUUACAGCAGAGAUCCCAGCACUUAUACAUUGUACAGCAUGAAGACAACACAGGUGACCCUAAUCCUCUGAGAGGGCAUGGAAGGAAAACCCAUGAAGACAAUGGUUUUGUUCUGAUCGUGGAACUGCGAGCCUUUACAUCUUUGUCCAUUUCUGCAUUUUUUCCAUUAAUGUACAUCUGUUAUUUUCAUCAUACAAGGUCUUUUUAAAAACUGUAAAACAUACUUAGAGACUUUCAGGGUGGAAAGGGUCUUGAAAGAGUAUUUAGCCUGAUUUUCUGGGUCCCUGGAUACUCGCUAGUUUGUGUACUUACCACACCAUACACACAUUAAAUGAACUCUUGAAAUU